AUGGUAAGACAGAUGAGGUCAUUCCUUUCACUGAAGAGGCUGAUACAGGACGAGCAGAGGGGGGGGAAGCAGCAGAAAGACCAACAGCAGCAGCACCUGCCUCACCCUCCACCACCACCACCUCCACCCACCCACCCUCCCUCUUUCCCUUCAGCCUGCACGUUCCAGGACUUCAUCUCUCCUGCCGCCGCUUCCACCACCGCUGCCAUCAUGUGCGACUGUUUCCACCUGGCCUUUCCUAACUGGCACGCCGCCUCUUCAGGGACGGGUGCUGGUCGGAGGCUGAGAGCACCAGAGCCUGGUACAGAGGACGAUUCAACAUGUGACGAGCCAUCUCAGUUCACAGAGAGAGAGCGACCGCGGCCUCAAGGGUCGUCCCCCGUUGAGGAGUAUCCUGAAACGGAAAAAUACACCGACAGCGACAAAGAGUUUGAAGCGGAGCAUGACCUACACCACAAAAGUGGGAGUGGAAAGAAGAGCAAAAAGUCUGGGCUUGGGUCCAUGUUUGAAAAGCGCUCAACUCCGAAGAUGAGUAAACUGAAGGAAGAUCAAAGCCCUGAGUCUGGGGUGAUGGUGAAAACAGCCCAAGAUGGAUGUUCAGAGGGUCUCGUUUAUGGUGGAGGGGGGAAAGAGGGGAUAUUCAUAAAGGAAGUGGUACCAGAGUCACCUGCCUCAAAAAAUCUGAAACUGAAAGAGGGUGAUCAAAUUCUGAGCGCCACUGUGUACUUUGACAACAUGUCAUAUGAGGACGCCAUUCAGAUUCUGGAGCACGCUCAGGCUUACAAAGUGAAGCUCUGCUUGAAACGCAACCCAGUCAUCACAGAGACGGAACCAGUCACCGAAUCUGAUGCAAUCCCUGAAGAAGAUGUCUAUGCUCCAGAGAUGAGAGAGCAAGGAAAAACCAAAAGGCGUGGUGAUGCCCGCAUUUCCUGGCCUAAGUUUCCCUCCUUUGGAAAAGGAAAAAAAAAGUCGCGCUUUUCAAGGUCUCACAGCUCCUCAGAGGCUGAAGCAAAGAAGCUUGAGCUUAGCCCAACUACAAGCGACACGGAGUCACCUAUAAAGACUCAGGAUGCCCUGAAGGGCAAGAAGAAGCAUAAAAUUAAGCUUCCUCUUCUGUCGAAGAGAGGCCGCAUAAGUUCAUCUGAAGACCAGGACACAGAUGCACCAACAACUGCGCAGUUGGUUUCCCCUGAGAACCUUGAAAGUUCCUCAGGAGAAACACCUGAGGUCUACGUGACAGAGGAGCUAAAGUUAGUAGAAGACUUAAGAUGUGAGGAAAACAAGCCUAAAACUGUUCAACACAAGGUGGAACUCAUCACUAUAGAUAGCACUUUGAAAACAGAAGAUCUAACCAUGGCUCUGGCAGGGGAAGAAAGCUCCUCUGGUAUCAAGUCCCCUGAUGGGAAGAAAAAGAAGAAAGAGCGAUCUGAAUUAAAAAUGAAAAUUUUGGGGAAAGAUAAAUCACACAAGAACGAUGCAAAGGCAAAAUCCUCACCAAAAAGGCUGAAAACUCUUGGGGCAAGUAUUGAAAUAGCAGACCAACCUGAAAUUACAAAAGGAGAUCAACAAGCACUAGAUGCCAAUACCCAAAUAAUCAGCAGUGAUAGCUUAUGGGUAAUCCCAGACAAACCAGAGAAAGUAAGUGUGCCAAAGGUGGAACUUGAAGUAUCUGAUGUUGCACUGAUACAAAUAUCUCCCCAGAAAGUUGAAGAAAAAACUAAGAAAGGCAAGGAAAUCAAACAGAAACAAGAAACAAAGACAGGUCCAACAUUUAAAAUACCUAAAAUAGGCUUUAGUGACAUUGCUAUGGAGGAAACAAUCCCAAAAGUUGAUGUAAAUGUUGGAGAAUCCACAACUAAUAUUGAGAAGCUUACUACUGAGGGUACAGAAGAGAAAGAUCCUCGUGACCGACUGUCAAAAAGUAUUUCCAGAACAAAACUUCCAAAACGUGAAGACAUUGAGAUUCCAGGAAUGGAGGACAUGUCUAUGAGAACCAAAGCCAAGGGAAUUAAAGAGCCUAAGGCUGUUUUUACAGGACAUUAUGAAGAGAUUCAAGCUGAAACUGUACAAAUGUCAAUUGAUAUGGACAGCGUGAAAGAGGCCGUUUCUAAAUUGCCUGGAUUUAAGCUGCCUAAGGUUGACACAAGUGGAGUGCUUAUUCCAGAAGAAAUUACUGUUAUCGAUGCAAAUGCACAAAGAAUAUCAGUGAAAACACCGACCAAAACAAAACACGACGCACAGUUCAGUAAAGUCCACAUGACUGCCACUCAGGAAAUCUCCAAGACAACAAUCAAACUCCCAAAGAUCAGACCAUCUGAUCUAACUUCAGAGGAACUUGUAAUGGAAUAUAAAACUGAGCCUCAACAAAGAGAUGAUGUUAAUAAAAGAGAACAUAUCAUAAUACCAGGAAAAGAAAGUGAGCGAGAAGUGGCGACUCUUCUGACACAAGAAACACAAGAACUCGAAUCAAACAAGGCCAAGAAAAAGAUGCAUAGCUUUGGGAUUGGAAAACCAGUAUUUAAAAUCCCAGAUGUUGGAAUUCACUUGCCAAAACAAGAAAUCUCUGAGCAAAAAGGUGACAACGUAAAAGGCGAAAGGACUAUACUCCUCCAAGAAGUCAAAAUAUCAAAGACCGACACAAGUAAAAAGAUUGGAGGAAUGACAUCUGAUAUCAACGUACCGAAAUUUGAAGGCAUUGAUUUCAUUGAUGGUUCACCAGUCAGAAAUGAAGGUGGCAUUGGGCUUACAGGUUUUGAUGUUAAUCUUGAUGCUACAGGCCUGAAGGCUGACACCUCUUUACUCAAAGCUGAGGAGCACUCAUUUAAACUACCCAAAUCUGGAGCAGCAACUCCGAUAAUCAGCGGAAAUGUGCCCGAUGCAGAAAAGGAUAUAAAUAUUGAUGGGGCCGAGAUAAGAACACUUGAAAAAGAGGAAAAGAGUGGCAAUUUCAAAAUGCCAAAUAUUAGAAUCUCCAUGCCAAAGAGGAAAGGUCCUAAAUUUGAUGUAAGCCUAUCAGAGAAAGACGUAGAUGACCAAGACAUAUCUUUAGUUGACAUCAAUGUAGAAGCUUCUACUGAAGAGCGUAAGAUGAAGGUCAAAAAACCUGAAGUGGAAAUGCAACCUAGGCAGCCUGAAGGUGAACCUUAUGGACAAGGAAGCAGGUUCAAGAAACCAACAUUUGGCAUCACGACUCCAAAAGUAAAAGGGCCUGAAAUUAACUUUGGCUUAUCAAGCAAAGACGGAGAUAUGACACUUCCAAAAGUCAAGGCUGAAGUAAAAGACCUUGAUGCUCCUACGAUUGAUGUCAGUCUUGGGAAAGCUGACAUUUCGUUUCCAAAGGGGAAGAUGGAAGUCCCUUCAGUAGAUAUGAAAACUACAGGAACUGAAGAGGACGGGAAGGGAAGCAAAUUUAAAAUGCCACAUAUUAGUUUCUCUAUGCCAAAAGUGAAAACGGCUAAAAGUGAUCUCAGCUUACCAAAGACAGAAGUAGAUGUCAAAUUACAAGAGACAAAUGCUGAUGUAAAACUACCAGAGGUUGAUGUUGGAAAAGUAGAUGUUUCAACUCCUGAGGCUAAAAAACAUGAAACUGAAAUGCAGUUCUUGCCUGGUGAAGUUGAACUUGAUGGGCACAAAGGCAAGUUCAAAAUGCCAAAGUUUCAAAUCAAAAUACCAAAAGUAAAAGGGCCAGAAUUUGACUUGAGCUUAUCGAAGAAAGAUGUUGAUGUCACAUUACCCCAGUCCAAGGUUGAUGUCAGUCUUGAAAAAACAGACAUUUUGAUUCCGGAUGCAAAAGUCAAAGUAAAAGAAAAUGAUCUUGAAAUUAAAGCUUUGCAGACUGAACCUGGGACCAGGAAAUGUGUUAAAAUGCCAAAGUUUGGAAUUUCCAUGCCAGAGGUAAAGGGACCUGAAUUUCAUCUAGGCUUAGCAAAGAAAGAUGUAGAUGUGACACUACCAGAAGCCACAAUUGAUAUCAACCUCCCUGAAGUGAAACCAAAAGAUCAUUCUGCUGAAAUGCCUAAAGUCAAAGGACCUGAAAUUGAUUUAAGCUUCUCAAAGAAAGACACAGAUAUUACAUUACCAGGGACCAAAGCUGAGAUGAAAUUCCCAAAGGCCCCUAAAAUGGAUGUCAGAAUUGGAAAAGCAGAGGUUUUCAUUCCAGAGGCAAAGGUCGAAGUAAAAAAAUCUGAAAAGGACAUAAAACCUCCACAGACUGGUAUUGAACUUGGAGGAAACAGAAGCAAGUUCAAAAUACCAAAGUUUGGAAUCACAAUGCCAAAAUUUGAAGGACCUGAGAUUGAUUUAACCACGUCAAAGAAAAAUGUAGACGUCAAAAUACCACAGGCCAAAGCUGGGGUUGAACUCCCAGAAGCUCCAAAAACUGCUGUGGAAAUGAAACAACCAGAGUGUGAAGCUGAAAUGGAUGGUCAAGGAAGCAAGUUCAAAAUGCCAAAGUUUGGAAUCACAAUUCCAAAAGUAAAAGGACCUCAAAUUGACUUAAGCCUUUCAAAGAAAGAUGUAGAUGUGACUCUACCAGAGGCCAAAGCGGAAGUUAAACUUCCAGAUGCUCCAAAGAUUGAUGCAGAUAUAAAAGCACCAGAGUGUGAAGCAGAAAUGGAUGGUCAAGGAAGCAAGUUCAAAAUGCCAAAGUUUGGAAUCACAAUUCCAAAAGUAAAAGGACCUGAAAUUGACUUAAGCAUCUCAAAGAAAGAUGUAGACGUGACUCUACCAGAGGCAAAAGCUCAGGUUGAUCUCCCAGAAGCUCCUAUAAUUGAUGUGGAUAUGAAAGCACCAGAGUGUGAAGCAGAAAUGGAUGGACAAGAAAGCAAGUUUAAAAUGCCAAAGUUUGGAAUGAAAAUGCCAAAAUUUGGAAUCACAAUUCCAAAAGUAAAAGGACCUGAAAUUGAUUUAAGCAUCUCAAAGAAAGAUGUAGACGUGACUCUACCAGAGGCCAAAGCUCAGGUUGAUCUCCCAGAAGCUCCUAUAAUUGAUGUGGAUAUGAAAGCACCAGAGUGUGAAGCAGAAAUGGAUGGACAAGAAAGCAAGUUUAAAAUGCCAAAGUUUGGAAUGAAAAUGCCAAAAGUAAAAGGACCUCAGAUUGAUCUAAGUUUAUCAAAAAACGAUGUAGACAUCACAAUACCGGAAGUCAAAUCUGAUGUUAAAGUCCCUGACGUUGAACUAAAAGAACCGACUGCUCAAGUGGAAUUUAAAGCUCCUGAAACUCAAGGAAGCAGUAAGAAAGGAUCGCCAUCAAAAUUUAAAAUGCCCACAUUUAAUUUUCCGAAAUUUGGGGCUGCCACUUCAAAUCUCAGCGCUGAAGUAUCUGAUACAGAAAAAGAAAUCAAAAUUGAUGGAGCUGACUUGCACCUAUCUAUGCCACACAAAGAUGUUGAUGUACCAGAUGUUAAAGCAGAAGUCAAGCUGCCAGAGAUGGAAAUUAAAAAAAAUGUAGGCACUGUUGUGAUAGAGCAACAGCCAGAGGUUGAGAUUGAUGCAAAAUUGAAAAAGCGAAGGUUUUCACUGCCCAGAUUUUCUUUUUCAAAAGCAAGUGUUAAGGCUCCAGAAGUUGAUGCAAAUCUUCAGGAUUUGAAUGUUUCAAUUCCAGAGGGAAAAGUUGAAGUGAAAGGAGGGGAAGUGGAAACAAAACUACCAGAAUGUGAAGCAGAAGUUGACGGAAAAGAAGGCAAAUUUAAAAUGUCAACAUUUGGAAUCACAAUGCCAAAGGUAACAGGAACUGAGUUGGAUUUGAGCUUAUCAAAGAAAGAUGUAGACAUCAAGCUCCCAGAAGCCAAAGCUGAAGUUCACCUUCCAGAAAUCAAAAUGAAACAACCAUCUGCUUCCAUGGAAAUUAAAGCUCAUGAGAUUGAAGAUCAAAAAAUAGGUGAUGUUAAAGGAUCACUGUCAAAACCUAAAAUGCCAACAUUUACAUUACCCAAAUUUGGAGCUGCUACUUCAAAGGUCAGUGUGGAUAAACCUGAUAUGGAUAUACAAAUUGAUGGAGCUACCGUUGAUGUCACAGCACCCAGCAUUGACACUAAAGACCUAUCCGUAGAUAUCAAAGCUAAAGAAGGUGACCUUGAAAGAUCAGGAAGCAAGUUUAAAAUGCCAAAGUUUGGCAUCUCAAUGCCCAAAGUUAAAGGACCUGAACUUGCUUCAAGUUUAUCAAAGAAGGAUUCAGAAUUCACAUUACCAAAAUCCAAAGCUGAAAUCAACCUGGCCAGUGUUGAAAUCACACAACCUGAAGUGGAAAUCAAAGCUCCUGAGAUCAAGAUUGCAACAAACGAUAAAGAAGUAUCACCAUCAAAAUUUAAGAUGCCAACAUUCAAAAUACCGAAAUUUGGAGUUGGUCUUCCAAGUGCCACUGUGGAAGUCCCAGAAAACGACAAGGACAUCACAAUCGAUGGAGCUGACAUCAAAAUUCCUGAAGAAGUUCUUACAGUUCAUAUUACAGCACCCAGCGUUGACCCAUCAAUAGUUAUUAAAACUGAAGGAUAUGAACAUGAAGGGAAAGAAAGCAAGUUUAAACUACCAAGUCUUGGUUUUUCCGGGCCUCAAGUUAAACAGCCUGACAUUGAGUUAGGCUUAAAAAAGAAAGAUAUGGAUGUGACUCUACCAGAAGCCAGAGCUGAGGUCAAACUCCCUGAUGUUGGAUUGAAAACCACUUCUGCUGAGGUGGAAAUCAAAAGUCCAGAGAUCAAGGUUGCGAAAAUGGGAUCAGAAGGAUCGCCAUCAAAGUUUAAGAUGCCAACAUUCAAACUACCCAAAUUUGGAGUUAGCACUUCAAGUGCGGCCAUAGAAGUGCCUAUUAUAGACAAAGAAAUCAAAAUCAAUGGAGCUGACAUUCAAAUUCCUGAAGAGGUUCUUGCAGUUCACAUUACAGCACCCAGCAUUGAAACUGAAGGCCCAUCAAUAGAUAUUAAAACUACAGGAACUGAACAUGAAGGAAAAGGAAGCAAGUUUAAAAUGCCAAGCCUUGGUUUUUCUGGGCCUCAAAUCAAACGUCCUGACAUUGAUUUAAGCUUAUCAAAGAAAGAUGUAGAUGUGACCCUACCAGAGGCGGAAGCUGAAUUCAAACCCCCUAAGGUUGGAUUAAAAGAAACUUCUGCUGAAGUGGAAAUCAAAAGUCCUGAGAUCAAGGGUGUGAAAAAGGGAUCAGAAGGAUCUCCAUCAAAGUUCAAGAUGCCAACAUUCAAACUACCCAAGUUUGGAGUUAGUACUUCAAGUGCUGCUGUAGAAGUGCCUAUUACAGACAAAGAAAUCAAAAUCGAUGGAGCUGACGUUCAAAUUCCUGAAGAGGUUUGCAGUUCACAUUCAGCACCCAGCAUUGACACUGAAGGCCCAUCAAUAGAUAUUAAAACUACAGGAACUGAACAUGAAGGAAAAGGAAGCAAGUUUAAAAUGCCAAGCCUUGGUUUUUCCGGGCCUCAAAUCAAACGUCCUGACAUUGAUUUAAGUUUAUCAAAGAAAGAUGUGGAUGUAACUCUAGCAGGAUCAAAGGCUGAUGUCAAACUCCCUGUAGUCGAACUGAAAGAACCAUCUGCUGAAGUGGAAAUUAAAGCUCCAGAGAUUAAGAUUGCGACAAAGGGUAAAGAAGGAUCACCAUCAAAAUAUAAGAUGCCGACAUUCAAAUUACCAUCAUUUGGAGUUGGUACUCCGAGUGCUACCGUAAAAGUGCCCGACAGAGACAUCAAAAUCAAUGGAGCUGACGUUCAAAUUCCUGAAGAGGUUCUUUCCGUUCACAUUGCAGGACCCAGCAUUGACACUGAAGGUUCAUCUAUAGAUAUUAAAACUACAGGAACUGAACAUGAAGGAAAAGGAAGCAAGUUUAAAAUGCCAAGCCUUGGUUUUUCUGGGCCUCAAAUCAAACGUCCUGACAUUGAUUUAAGCUUAUCAAAGAAAGAUGUGGAUGUGACUCUACCAGAGGCAAAAGCUGAAGUCAAACUCCCUAAAGUUGGAUUAAAAGAAACUUCUGCUGAGGUGGAAAUCAAAAGUCCUGAGAUCAAGGUUGAGCCAAAGGGUAAAGAAGGAUCACCAUCAAAAUUUAAGAUGCCAUCAUUCAAAUUACCAACAUUUGGAGCCAGUCUUCCAAGGGCCAGUGUGGAAUUGCCUGAUAAGCACAAAGACAUCAAAAUCGAUGGAUCGGACAUUACAAUUCCUGAAGAGGUCCUUGCAGUUCACAUUACAGCACCCAGCAUUGAAACUGAAGGCCCAUCCAUCGAUAUUAAAACUACAGGAACUGAACAUGAAGGAAAAGGAAGCAAGUUUAAAAUGCCAAGCCUUGGUUUUUCCGGGCCUCAAAUCAAACGUCCUGACAUUGAUUUAAGUUUAUCAAAGAAAGAUGUGGAUGUGACUCUACCAGAGGCAAAAGCUGAAGUCAAACUCCCUAAAGUUGGAUUAAAAGAACCUUCUGCUGAGGUGGAAAUCAAAAGUCCUGAGAUUAAAGUUGAGCCAAAGGGUAAAGAAGGAUCACCAUCGAAAUUUAAGAUGCCAUCAUUCAAAUUACCAACAUUUGGAGCUAGUCUUCCAAGGGCAAGUGUGGAAUUGCCUGAUACGGACAAAGACAUCACAAUCGAUGGAUCGGACAUUACAAUUCCUGAAGAGGUGCUUGCAGUUCACAUUGCAGGACCCAGCAUCGAAACUGAAGGCUCAUCAAUCGAUAUUAAAACUACAGGAACUGAACAUGGAGGAAAAGGAAGCAAGUUUAAAAUGCCAAGCCUUGGUUUUUCUGGGCCUCAACUUAAACAACCAGAUAUUGAUAUAAGCGUAUCAAAGAAAGAUGUGGAUGUGACUCUACCACAAGCCAAAGCUGAAGUCAACCUCCCCCAAGUUGAAAUAAAAGAAGGAUCAAAAACUGAAUUCAACCUUCCUGAUGUUGAAACAAUAGAGGGUGAUGCCAAGUUGAAAAAGUCAAGUUGGACCAUGCCAAGAUUUUCAUUUUCAAUGGCAGGCAGUAAGGCACCUGAGGCUGAUGUCAACGUCGAUGCCCCAAAAGUUGACGUUACACUACCAGAGGUCAAAUCAGAUGUACAUCUUCCAGAUAUUGACAUCAAAGAAUCCUCGGGUAUUUCUAUCGAGGGGGCACAUUCCACAGACAUAGAUGCCAAAAUGAAGAAGCCUAGGUUCUCAUUACCCAGAUUUUCCUUUUCAAAGCAAGGUUCUAAAGAGUCUAAAGUGGAUAUCAGUGUCCCAGACGUUGAUGUUUCUCUUCCAGAAGGAAAUGUUGAAGGCAAAAAACCUGGGAUUGAAGUAAAGCCACAAGAAGGUGAUGUGGAAUUACAGGGACAGGAAAGCAAGUUCAAAAUGCCGAAGUUCGGCAUCUCAAUGCCCAAAGUAAAAGGACCUGAAUUUGAUUCAAGUGUAUCAAAGAAAGAUUUGGGAGUCACAUUACCUGAAACUAAAGCUGAAAUCAACCUACCUGAUGUUGAGGUUAAAGGACCUGAAGUUGAAAUAAAAGCUCCUGAGAUCAAGGUUGCAAAACCAAAUAUAGAAGGAUCACCAUCAAAAUUUAAGAUGCCUACAUUCAAUUUACCUAAAUUUGGAGUGGGUAUUCCAAGUGCCUCGGUUGAAGUGCCCGAUACGGACAAAAACAUCAAAAUUGAUGGAACUGACAUUAAAAUUCCUGAAGAAGUUCUUGCAGUUCACAUCGCAGCACCACGCAUUGACACUGAAGGCCAAUCAAUAGAACAUGAAGUAAAAGGAAGCAAGUUUAAAAUGCCAAGCCUUGGUUUUUCUGGACCUCAAACAAAACGGCCUGACAUUGAUUUGAGCUUAUCAAAAAAAGAUGUAGAUGUGACUCUGCCAGAAGUCAAGGCUGAAGUCAAACUGCCUGAAGUUGGACUGAAAGACCCUUCCGCCCAAGUGGAAAUUAAAGGUCCUGAGAUCAAAAUUGGAACACAGAGUACCGAAGGAUCGCCAUCAAAAUACAAAAUGCCAACAUUCAAAUUACCAAAAUUUGGAGUUGGUACUCCAAGUGCCACCGUAAAAGUGCCUGAGAAAGACAUGAAACUUGAUGGAGCUGACAUUCCUGAAGAGGAUCUUGCAGUUCACAUUGCAAAAGCCAGCUUUGAAACUGAAGGACCAUCAAUAGAUAUUAAAGCUACAGCAACUAAACAUGAAGGAAAGGGAAGCAAGUUUAAAAUGCCAAGUCUCAGCUUUUCUGGGCCUCAAAUCCCACAGCCCAACAUUGAUUUAAGCUUAUCAAAGAAUGAUGGAGAUAUUACUCUACCAGAAGCCACAGCUGAAGUCAAACUCCCUCAUGUUGAACUCAAGGAAUCUUCUGCUAAAGUGGAAAUUAAAGCUCCUGAAAUUGAUGUCCAGACAGGUAAUGUUGAAGGAUCACCAUCAAAAUAUAAGAUGCCCACAUUCAAAUUACCGAAAUUUGGAGUUAGUUCUCCAAGUGCCACCGUAGAAGUGUCCAAUAAGGACAAAGACAUCAAAAUCAAUGGAUCUGACAUUACAAUUCCUGAAGAGGUUCUUGCAGUGCACAUUACAGCACCAAGCAUUGAUACUGAAGGCACAUCAGUCGAUAUUAAAACUAAAGGAACUGAACAUGAAGGAAAGGGAAGCACGUUUAAACUUCCAAGCCUUGGUUUCUCUGGGCCUCACGUCAAGCAUCCUGACAUUGAUUUAACUUUAUCAAAGAAAGAUGCAGAUGUAAUUUUACCUGAAACUAAAGCUGAAGUCAAAAUAAGUGAAGGUGCCAUUUCAGCACCAGAUGAACUGGCAGUAGACAUUGAUACCAAAAAACAAGCAAAAUGGGCAUUUCCAAGAUUUUCCUUUUCAAUGAAAGCUGGUAAAGCCUCUGAUGAUGAACUUGAAUCACCCAAAGCGGAUGUCACAUUACCAAAGGCCGAAGCAGAAGUCCAAGGUCCAUCAGGAGCUGUUUCAAUGGAAGAGCCUACUGCUGCAGAACUUGAUCCAAACUUGAAAAAAACUAAAUUUUCACUACCCAGAUUUUCUUUUUCGAGGUCAAGUGUUAAAGAACCUGAAGUCAGUGCUGAGCUUCCACAUGUUGAUGUUUCUCUUUCAGAAGGAGAAGUGAUAGUAAAGCAACCUGAAAUUAAAAUAAAAGCUCCUGAGCUUGAAGCUGAACAUCACAGACAAGAAAGCAAAUUUAAAUUGCCAAAGUUCGGCAUAGCUCUACCAAAGGUAAAAGGACCCGAAGAAGAUAUAAAUGCAUCACAGAAAGACGUAGAUGUCCCUGUGCCAGAUGUUAAAGCCGAAGUGACACUUCCAGAAAUUGAAGCCAAAGAAUAUUCAGCCAGUGUGGCAAUGAAAGAUUCUGAGAUUGAAGCUCAGUCAAAAGAUGUUGAAGGAUUGCCAUUAAAAUUUAGAAUGCCAACACUGAAAAUGCCGAAAUUUGGACUUGCUACCAAUGAUGUCACUGUAGAAGCACCGGAUUCUGAGAAAGGAGAUGAAACUGAUGGGGCUAUACAUAAGGAGGAUGUUACUGUCAUCAUCAAAGGUCCAAGUGUUGAUACUAAAACAGAUGAGACUGGCAGCGUGGAACUCGGAUCUCCAAGUAAAUUUAAAUUACCAUCAUUUAAACUGCCAAGGCUGAGUUUCUCAAGACCCAACGCUGAAGAUGAACAUGUUCCAGUUGACACUGAAUCCAAAGAUCAUCAGUUGAAAAUUGAAGUUGAUCCAAAAGGAGAGAAUACAUCACAAAAAGUGACUUUGACAUCAUUUGGUGAGACCAUUAAGAAUGUUGAUGUUGGUAUUGAUGUUGCAAAACCUGAAGAAAAACUUGAAACUUUAAAGGAAGUUCAAGAAACAGUGGAACCAAAUGGAAAGCAGCUAGAAGCAAAGGAAAAGGAAACAAAGCAAGAUACGACUAAAAGUCCUGAGAGGACGGGUUGGUUUAAAUUCCCCAGGUUUGGACUUUCCUCCCCAUCAGAACCUGCCAAGAUCGUUGAAAAAGAGGAGCAGAAGGAUGAAAACAGCCCAGUAGGGGAUACAUUGGAUGAGGAAAUAAGUCCCACGUAUUCAGUCCAGUCAUCCGACGCCUUUGCAGAUAUCAGCUCUGCAGUGACUAGUGAGCAUCUUGGCCUGUCCUUAUCAUCUCCAACAAAGGUCGUCACAGUCAAGUUCUCUGAUCCCAACAUUGCUUCAGGUCUUGGUGAGAUGCACAGUAACAUUAUUACUUCUACCACAAGGACUGAGAAGAUCUCAGUUGAGCCGAACUUGCCUGAGAAAAUCACCAUUUUGUCAUCUGGAGUUUCCUCUUCAUCGGAGGACACACUCAGACUGGAAUCAGGAAAAAUACAUGUGAUUACAUCAAAUAUCCAAGCGACACCAGAAUCACAGCAUGCCAAACUGCUUACUGAUUUCCAAAUCCGAUCAGCAAGCGGCCUUUCCCUAGAAUCAGAGGCUAGCAAAGGUGCUUCCUGGACUAUCGAAGACCCAGAAAGCGGCAAGAGAACGGUAUACCAGAGGCAUUUAGUAAAAGAAACAUCGAGUGAAAGCAAAGAAACAAUUGUUAUAACUCAACAAAUCACACGUACGUUUGACUCUUCUGAGACAGCUUCAUCCAUUAAACGACUGAAAGACUCUGUGCACUCCGAUAAAAUGAGGUUCUUUGAUGGAGCCGACAAGUGAAAUAACCUUAUGUAAAUGAUGUCAGAACAUGCAAUCCGUCAUUAUCCAGCCUCAGUGGCCGCUGGGCUGUGAAUAUCACUGUGACAGAGAGUGAGAUAGAAAACAGGUUUGGCAACUGCAAAAGACUGUUAGCUAAUGAACUUACCAAUCACAGGAAAUAAUCAGUGUUCAGGCGUUAACUUCAAUCUCUGGUAGCAUGUUGUUGACCUAUAAAGAGAUGGAUUAAUGUAAUUCAUUGACAAUGUGAUGUAGUUGUUAAUAAGCUCUAUAAUUCAGUGCUCUUACUUCAAUUUAUAAAAUAACUUCACCAAAUAUCCUUGCUUAUUGUGGUACAAAACUAAAGUAAGCCAUGUAUUUUGCUUCUCAAAACUUAUAAUAUAUUUGUGGUUUAAUAGUUUUUAAAUGUACAACUGAUCCAACUUACUUGUGCACUUAUUUAUCGGAUGAUAAUCAACAAUGCAUUUGAUUUAAAAACUGUUUUUCUGAACAAGAUUGAUGUUACUGACAUUCCAAAAUAUGUUUACAAUCAUUUCUCUGUGAUGUCAACAGAUAAAAACACCUACAAUAUAAUAGGGCAGUAGGCAAUAUGACAAAAACAAUUCUAUGUACAUGUAUCUGCAGGAUAUUCUUGUUGCUGUAGCUGAAAUGCAAAGAGACAAUAGCAUUGCAAAGCUGAAAUGAAACGCUUAUGAUCAAAAGUGUACUGCUGCAACUAUAUUUUUUAUUAAUAUUUUGCUUACAACCUAAUUUGCUACAGUAAAAAUAUAUCAAGAGUUUAGUAUCUUUCAAUAUCACUGUACAAAGUGGGAAUAUUAGACUAGCAGUGUAAAUAGCUUUUAAUGAAUCCAUGAAUUCUGAUGUAACAUGUUUGCAAAGUUAUACACAAUAAAUAAAUAUUAUUAUAUGUACA